AUGAGGAUUGUGCUGCUGGGUAAAACUGGAUCAGGAAAGAGUUCAGCAGGAAACACCAUCCUCGGCAGCAAAGUGUUCGUAGAAGACGUUUCACCAAAAUCUGUCACAGCACAGUGCAAGGAGCAUGUGGUUGAGAGGGAAGGAACAUGUAUCUCAGUGAUCGACACUCCUGGGAUCUUUGACACCUCAAUGACUAAAGAAGAGCUGAAAGCUGAAGUAGAGAAAUGUAUCAGUAUGGGUGGUCCUGGACCCUGCGUCUUCCUACUGGUCAUCAGUUUGGCCACUAGAUUCUCAGAGGAGGAGAGGAACACUGUGAAGUGGAUUCUGGAGAACUUUGGAGAAUAUGCUUCAAUCUGCUCCAUCGUUCUGCUCACCCAUGCUGAUCAGCUGAAGGGUAAAAGAGUGGAGGAUUACAUUACAGAAAGUAUAGAGCUUAAUAAAGUCAUAAACAGCUGUGGUGGGAGAUUUCAUGUAUUAAAUAAUGAAGACAGGGAAAAUGGCUCUCAGGUCACAGAGCUACUGGAGAAGAUUGAUCUGCUGUUAGAGAGGAAUGGGGAACAUUUCUACAACAAUGAGCUCUACCAGCAGGCCCAGAAGGAUCUCAGAGAGAUGGAGGAGAGAAGAAAGAAAGAAGAAGAGGAAAAGUCUGGUAUCACUGGGUGGAUUAGAAGAAUAAUGGAGAAUCCAAAGCAGUUUCUUGAAGAUAGAGUAUGUUCAGCUCUUGCUGGAGUGGGGUUAGGAACUGCAGCACUAGGGUUACUAUUAGCAGGGACAGCAGGGUAUAUCCUUUUUUUAAUGGCAUUAGUAACAUGUGCUUCCAUCAAACUAGCCAUUCUGUCCCAUCAGAACUGUAUCCUGCUGGACAUACCAUAUCUGCCCAUAGAUAACAGUAAGGUAGACUAA